AUGACUUGUCAGCAGAACAAGUCAGAGCAUACUUAUCCUGCUGGGUUGUUACAGCCCUUGCCUAUAUCGAAACAGAAGUGGACUGGGAUUUCUAUGGACUUCAUUAUAGAUCCUCCUCGAGUGCAAGGGAAGGAUUGUAUCUAUGUGGAACUUUUCAAGCUAGUAGGCACUGAGUUGACACCUAGUACUAGUUACCACCCUCAAACAGAUCGACAGACCGAAAUAGUCAAUAAGUGGGUUGAGGGAUAUUUGCGUAACUAUGUGUCAGGGCAGCAGAAGGCAUGGGUACGUUGGUUGUAUUUGGGCGAGUAUUGUUAUAAUACUAUGCACCAUAUGUCCAUUGGUAUGAUGCCUUUCAGAGCUCUCUACGGCUAUGAGGCAUUAUCCUUCAUUGAUUUAGCUCUGAGUGACAGUAGAGUUCCUUUGGCUCAGGAUUGGUUACAAGAGAACCAGGAUAUCCUGAGAUCUCUCAGGGAGAAUUUACAGCAUGCACAGAAUCAACAGAAGAUAUACGCUGAUCGGCACAGGAUUGAGAGAGCAUUUGAGGUGGAUGACAUGGCCCUUGGACAACAUAUUACAGUUUCACCCGAUUUGCCUCCCAUGGAUGAGGAAGGUAAAUUGACUUUGGUUCCUGAGGAGAUUCUUGAGGUGAGGGAACGACGGUUGAGAAGCAGGGUGAUUCGUGAGUAUUUGGUACGUUGGAGAGAUCUUCCCAUAGAGGAUGCCACUUGGGAGGGUGAGGCCAUUUUACAACAUCCAGCAUUAUAG